GGAAAUCCGGGUGACGUCGCGUCGGCGUGUGGAGUCUGCCAUUUCCCACGACACGUGAACUCGACGGGGCUCCUUGCUUGCGGCUCGUGAAAGAGCAGAAAAGGAAAAAAAAAAGAGAAGAAGGGAAGAAGGGAAGAAGGGAAGGGAAGGAAAGAACAACAACAAGACAAAGUGCACGCCACACGUCAUGUGCACGCGCGCGAGCCACGACUCGGACUGACGUCAGCCAAAAAAGGGAAACGAGCGAAGGCGGGCGCCGGAUUUAGUUCGGACAACUUUGGGAGGAGAAGGACAAGAAGAAAACGAAGAAAAAGGUUGAGAAAGGAAGAGAAGAAAGAUGACGGGCACCAGCGGCCAGGACGCGCGUGCGUGCGAAGGAAAAGAAGGCAAAACCAAAGAGGAAUUGGAGCUGGCGUCAGCGUACGUGUCGGACGCUCAGUACAACCGGAACGUUUUCUUCGACACGUCGCCGCGGGCCGUCAGUUUGUACUUGCUGUACAAUCGCCGACUUCUUCGGGUGUCGGUCUACUUCUUCAUCCUGCUGGACUUGAGCUUGGCCGUCUGCGAGGAGCCCGCCGUCUGGCCUCUGCCGCCGUGGGCGACCAUGCUGGCGGAGCUUCUGUGUCUGCACGUGUUUGCCCUGCGCUUGGUCCACUACGCCAAGGUGAUCCCCCGAGACAAAUUCUGGAAGGACCCCAAGAACAUCUGCAUGAUGGCCAUCCUGGCGCUGACACUGGUGGACAUGAUCGUGUACGGCGCGCUGCACGCCGCCGGCUUUUACGCCCUCCGCUGGUCGCGAGUGCUGCGCCCGCUCCUAUUGGUCAACGUGACGGAGGGCCGGCAGCUGCGCAGGGCAAUCAGGAGCAUCCGCAACGCCCUCCCUCAGAUUUUGUCGCUGUUCCUGCUCUUCAUCUUCAGCAUCCUCAUCUUCUCACUGAUGGCGCUCAAACUCUUCGGCAAGCGCGGCCUGGCGACGGCGGACGGCGCCGCCUACUUCUCCAACUACGGCGACGCGGCGUUCGAGCUCUACGUCUUGGUGACCACGGCCAACAGCCCCGACGUCAUGAUGCCGGCGUACGACGCCGGCUCGGCCUUCGCCCUCUUCUUCAUCGUCUACAUCGUGGUCAACACGUACAUCUUCAUGUCCGUCUUCCUCGCCGUCGUCUUCAAUAACUACAAGAAGUACUUGAAGGAGGAGGUCCGGCAGCUGGUGCGGGCCAAGCGGCGCAAGAUGGCGCGCGCCUUCGCCGUGUUGCGGGAACUCCCCGAGGACGGCGGGCGAGGCGAGCCGCUGGUCGGUCGCGCCAGCUGGACCCGCCUCGUGCGAUCGGUCCGGCCCGACAUCAGCCGCGCCCACACGGAGCUGCUGUGGAGCGUGUCGGACGACGACAACCGCGGCGCCAUCGACGAGCGCUCCUUCGUGCAGCUGGCCGACCUCCUCAACAUCGAGGUGAUCACGCUCAAGUCCAGGCCGCACCCGCUGGACCGGCUCUGCCCCGCCUUCUACCGGUCGGCGCCCAGCCGCCUCGUCCGCCGAUCGGUCCGGCACAGGGCCUUCGCGGCGGCGUACGACGUCAUCAUCCUGAUCAACGCCGUUUUCAUCGGCCUGGACGAAAAGCAGCCGAUGAUCGCCAACUCCGAGUGGGGCUUCCUGGCCCUCUACCUGCUGGAGAUCCUGCUCAAACUUUACGUCAUCGAACCCAGAACCUUCUUCUCUGCGCACAGCUUCUGGAACUGGUUCGACACCCUCAUCGUGGUCAGCGCGCUCAUCGCCACCGUCGUCAAUGCCGCCCUCGAGUCAUCGGGGGGGUACACCAGCCGCCAGAUCCUGGACAUCGUUUUCAUCCUGCGAGUGCUGCGACUCAUCCGAGUGGUGGACAGCAUCAAGAGGUUUCGGACCAUCAUGAACACGCUGAUCCGGAUCGGACCGGCCAUCCUCACCUUCGGGCAGCUCAUCCUGGUGGUCUACUACGUGUUCGCCGUGGUGGGCAUGGAGCUGUUCGCGGGCAAGGUGAAGUUCUACGAGGACGCGGGCGACCCGGCUCGGCUGGACUGCGGGAACGCGCUGCUGCGAGGGAGCGCCUUCGCCCGGCUGGGCUACUGCAAGAACAACUUCAACCACGCGGGGGCCGCCUUUGUCCUCCUCGUGCAGCUCACCGUGGUCAACCAGUGGCACAUCCUGUGCAGCGGCUUCACGGCCGUCACGCACGAGUCGGCCAGGAUCUACUUCGUGCUCUUCCACGUGGUCGUCGUCAUCGUCGUCAUCAACAUCUUCGUGGCGUUCGUCUUGGAGGCCUUCUUCCUGGAGUACUCGCUGGACAAGAGCGACCUGCACACGGAGCUGGAGAAGAAGAUUGAGCAGCUCCAGCUGGGGGUGGCGCAGGACGCCGUGGAGGACAACCUGGUGGCUGCCAUGGAGACGAGCGACCACGAGCAGCCCGCCGAGCAGUCGGAGAGCGCUGCGCCCAAGCUCGUGUUCAAAAUCGCCUCCAAAAGGUAUCGAACCGUGGACGCGCUGCUGCAGCGCCUGUUCGAGGCCGACUUGGAGCGGGAAGACGCCGACGUUCACGACGGCGACGGAAACUUCGCCAACCCGUCCUUCGGCGCCGCCUAAAUGAUGUUUACGAAUAAAGUCUGUUUUUCCCA